CCCAGAUAUUUUCAGCCGAAUAACGACUAACGAUUCGUUUUUUGAUUUUCAAAGAUAUGCGAUUCAAUCUGCGUUUGAAAUAUACAUUUCCUGUACUCAAUGCGCACAAAUUUCAGACCAGAAAAUUUGCAACAUCAAUAGUUGCUAGGAACGCUACCGAUGCUGAGUCUUCACGGAUCAGAUCUCUCUUUCUAAAGGGCUCGACAGGACAAAUAGCAUUUGCUCAAAGUGUUGAACAGAUUCCAGAUUACAACGAAACUCCUCAAGUUGCAUUAAUAGGGAGAACGAAUGUGGGCAAAACAUCACUUAUUGGAUCACUAUUAUUAGGUGCUCCUUCAAAACAAAAAGGACUAAAACCUUCCAAGAGACCCGGAAGUACGAAAGCUCUUGUCUUCCACUCAUUCAAGAGAAAAGCCUCAAUCAGCAAGGAGAUGAUAUUGGUCGAUCUACCUGGAUAUGGCUACGGGUCUCACAUUGAUCAAGGAAAGAUGAUCGAGAAAUAUCUUAGCUCAUCAACGAAUUUGCGGGCGGUCUUCAUAUUGAUUGAUAUGAAAGUCAUGAUCAAAUCAGCCGACCUGAUGGUGAUGGAUCUGCUAAACCGUUUUCGAGUUCCAUGGUAUAUAGUGGGUACUAAGUGGGAUAAGGUCAAAGGCUCACAUAUCCCAGGUCGUGAACUUGAAGCCCGAACUAAGCUUUUGAGCCUUCUGAAAGAUGAUACUCGGCUGUACUCCGAUGAGAUUUUGGUCACUUCAUCACAGGUCCCAAAGAGCGUCGACAAUCUACGUCUUUCUAUUUUCAAGAAAUGUGGAUUAUCGAUAUGACAUAUGUUCAUAGCCUUGUACAAUAACUACAGAUGCUACGCAACAAAACAAAAAUGUCUACAUACAUGACCCAAUAAUCUCAAUGAAUCCAUGCCCACGCUUAAAUUCCAGACUAGUAAUUAAUUAAUCAUACACUAUACGCCCCAUCAAUCCUUCUACUUAACCGUCAAGGGGCUUCUUGGCCACGAAAAGCAUCAUGGGCGUGAAGAGUUCCAACUGGGAAUUUACGUUAG